AAGUUACUAUACUCUAAUGCGAAACGAACAAAAGACUAGAACUUUGUUAGACUCGAAAAGAUAUCAGGUAGAACACUUUAUUGAAUAGAUUAGACAUACAAAAGUUUUGGAAGCCAUAGACUACAUUUAUACAUCUAUACAUCAGAGUUUGAAAUCAUACAAUCACACAAUUACUUCAAAAAAUAAGUUCUAAGUCGAAUUACGAGUUCAGUAGAUAUUUAGUACAAAAGAGAUGUACGACUUUUUCAUUAUGAUAUGAAAUCAAUUGUAUAUUCUAAAGAAUUUUUCUUUAGUCUUUGAAGAUUUCUUAUUAAAUAUCAUUUUGUAAUUGAUAUAGAAUUUUCUAAUGAGAAAAAUGAAAUUCGUAUCUCUAUGUAACUGUUAAUACAUUAAAAUCUAUCGAACAUGGAGAUGUCUUUUUUUCUUGUCUUUAAGUUAUUACAUAUUUUUUAUCUAUACGUAAAAAUAACGAUUCACAUUUGCGUGGUACAUAUGCAAAUUUACUUGCUAAAUUAAUUCAAACAACAUUUCAUCUUUUAACAUUAUCAUCAUUAUUAAAUUCAUUUAAUAAUUAUUUUAUUAAUCAAUGUUUUAUUUUUACUAAUUGAUUCACAAGAUAGUUCAAGAUUAGAUUAGAAAGUUAGUCUUCUCUUUUUUCAUUAUCAAUAUUUUUAUUUUUCUUUUUUCAACGAUAUACAAUUAGAUAUAUUAGCUGAAUUACUUCUUACAUUUCGAUUAUGUCUUAAUAAUAAUAAUGCAUGUGUAAUACAUAUUUCGUUAAAUGUUUUAUGAACAUUGUGACCGGUUUUAUUAAUUAAUAGUCACAUGUAUUUACAAUCAUAAGGAUUGAAUUAUUAAAUGAUUCUAUUCAACAUAGUAGAAGUUCUUAUGUUCUUACUAAAGCAGACAAAAGAAAUUUAUGAUUAUAAUAAUCUUUUUUUUGUAUAUAAAAUAGGUUGUUGUAGAUUAACUUAUAGGUGAUAUUGAUUUUUGAAUAUUAAAUUAUCUUGAACAAAUAACAAUUGAAAAAAACAGUAAAAUUUUUCAAUAGAAAUAAUUAUAUAGAAGAGAAAAAAAAUAUCUCGUUUUUUGUUUCGUUUUUAUUUAGAAUCGAUCAUGGCUUAAUUGUUAUAUUGAUGUUAUCUUUCAAUUUCUUACUGAUGAUGAUACACAUGUUCGUCAAGCAGCAGUUUCAGCCUUUGCUAAAUGUUUAGAAGGUAUUUAUGUUCUUUUAAGUGCUAUAAAACCAACAACAAUUCGAUCAUUUUUUCAUUAUCAAUAUGAUAAAAGUCGUUUACUUAUACAUUUUUUUAAACAUUCAUUGAUAUUACAUGAUCUUAAUAAUUUACAAUUAUUAUUUGAUAUUAUUAAUUUAAUCUAUUCAAGUAAAGAGAAAAAAAGAUUUUUAGUAUGUUGUUUUUGA